ACUCCGCCUCCGCCUCCUUUCGAACUGGAAUCCUCCGCUGGUGUGCCGCCGCCGCGAUUCGCCGGAAUCGCCAGAACCGACCUGCGGGUACAUCUUCUCGACGUUUGGUGUAUCUUCUCUUGUCGAUUCCGCUUCUUCUUUUUCUAAUCGCCUCGUUUUCGGAUCCGUUUCGAGUCGACAUCCUUUCCAUACACAAGAGGCGACUAGGGAUCGAAGUCGCCCUAGAACUCGGCCUCCGAUCCGGGACGGUGUUGGGUCCCGCCGAAUCGGCGAGCUAUAUAUCUCCACCGAUCGAGGCGGUUCGGCACUUCGGCUGCUUGGGGAUUUCUCACGCAUUGGUGGGAGGACGAGUCCAAGAACCAGCCAAGAAGUGGGGAGCGAAUUGAAGGAGAGGAAGAGAGGGUGCGCGGCGGCGGCGGCGGCGGCGGCGAGCGAUGAGGAUCAGGAAAGGGAGCCAGGUGGAGGUGUGGACGCAGGAGGCGGGGUCGCCGGUGGGCGCGUGGCGCGUCGGGGAGGUCAUGUGGGGCAACGGCCACUCGUACACCCUGCGGUGGCACGACGGCGGCGAGGUGUCCGGCCGCAUCUCGAGGAAGUCGGUCCGGCCGCGUCCGCCCCCCGCCCCGGUGUCGCGGGACCUGGACGCCGGGAACAUGGUCGAGGUGUUCGACGAUGACGACUGCCUGUGGAAGUGCGCAGAGGUCCGGGGCCCCGCCGUCGGCGGCGACCGCCGGUUCGACGUCAAGAUCGUCGGCGCGGCCAAGGUCCUGACGGUCCCGCCGCAAAGGCUCCGCAUCCGGCAGGUUCUCAGGGACGACGACGUCUGGGUCGCGCUCCACAAGGAUAACCAGAUCGCCGUCCCGAGCACGAUGCCGUUUCACGCCAAUGGUGGAAGCGUUGGCGUGGGCACCGGCAGGGGCAAAGGCUGCUACAAACCCAUGUUGCCAGGCUCCACACCGCUGUUGCAGAAGAGGAGCUUCGGCCUGUUGGGUUCUAAGACAGUAGCCAAUGGCAAGAGAUUUGAGGGCACCACCAAGAGGCUUUGUGCCAAGGAAGAGCCCAGAUAUGAAGCAGAAGUGAUUGUCCCAAACGUGUGCCUGAACAAGCAGGUUGAUAUGUGCAGCCAAGAUUGUGAUGUGGUUAGCGCAGGCAGUAAUUCCGAUGACGACCACCUCCAGCAGCAGCAGGAGAACGAGGUGGACGUGGCAGAAAGCGAUAGUGAGUCGAACUCAUCCUCGGAUGACAGCAGCAGUAGCAGCGACAGCAGAACCAGGAGCAUGGAAGCCGGUGAGGAUUGCAAGGCAGCUCGUGCAAGCGGGCCUUGUAACGAUCAGAAGGCGGGUCAGCUGCAACCCAGCGAGAAAGAACAUUGCGACAGCGUUGCUGAAUCACGUGAGAUUAUCAAACGUGAGAGCGAGACCCUGAACGAUCAGAAGGCGACGGUGCAGGAACACAUCCACCGUCUGGAGCUGGAGGCCUACAGUACUCUGAUGAAGGCGUUCCAUGCAUGCGGCAAUGCGCUGAGCUGGGAGAAGGUGGAGCUGCUCAGUGACCUCCGUACGCAUCUCCACAUCACAAACGACGACCACCUGCAGGUGCUCAACGUGAUCUUGAACCGCAAGGGGAGAUUUGCAGGUUCUCAAUUCUGAAUACUUGUAGGAUCACUAUGCAUCUUCACUCCCAUCUUGUUUUUCUGUUUCAGUGGUUACAUGUUUCUACCUGCUUGACAAAAUGAAAGAAUAGAUUAAUUCGGUCGUUGUACUGAAAUGAGUGAUUUUGCGGCCCAAUUUGUUGGUGCAUAUUGAUAAUUUGUUUCAAUUC